AUGCUCCCAUACCACAUGAGGGAAGUUAGAGCUGAAUUGGUGGAGCACCGUAAUUCUACUGCCAAUAGCCAAUUUGUUCAAGAGAAAUGUGCUUUAUUUCCUUGGUGGAGAUAG